AUGGGUUCGGGUUCGGCUCAUCAAACUCUCUUCUAUAUAAUACCCGCCUUCUUUUUGGUUUCCGCUUUCUUAGAUAUCUCCUGCGCAUUGGGUGUCAAUACAACUAACGAUGAUUGGAAGUCCAUCAACCCGAGUGAUCCGGACGUGGUGAGCGCUGGAGAAUUCGCAGUGGUAACACACGACUCACAGACUCAGGCUACACUAGUCUAUGACCAUGUGGUACACUGUGAAACCAAGAUUGAUGGUGGAAGAAAUUAUAACCUCACCAUUGCAGCUAAAAAUAGCAAUAGUGAUCCCACAGUCAGGAAGUAUAUAGCCCUUGUUAUUGAUAGGCCAUAUAAGAAUGGUUUUGAGCUUGAGUCCUUUAGGGGACCUAUUUGA